AAUAUCAAAAGUUGCAAUUCUAGGCUGCAUACGUCAUUAAGACGCUUGCGAUUGUAAUGUUCAUUUAACUUAAAGCAGGCUUGAUAACGUAUGCAGCCUGCAUAUGCGACCUUCGCAGGCUGCAGCCUUCGGAUUCAGAAACGGCUGUUGCAAUUUGCUGAUUCAACACUAUACCUGUUGAGAGAGAAAGAUAGAGUUACUUUUUAUUAACUAAAAGAUAUUGACCGCAUUUCUCUUCUAUGUAAAGUAUUUUUGGAAGAAAUGUUUUUUAAUAUAUGUUAAAAAGGCAUUACAGGGAUCUGUUAUGUCUCAUCAUAAGUUUUGGAUGUACAUAUCUAUGUCUUUUGAUUUAAAGUGCGCCAUCCAUUUUAUAUUCACUCUCAGCUGUCCUUGUUGUCUGCCAGUAUGGUGGCGUAAACAGAAUUGGUCACGUGACGUACAGACCUCUAGGCCUAGAUACUUUUCAAUUAAUUUUAAGCUGACUGUACUGAACAUGUGAUUUUUAUCCCAGAACCUUUUAAAAUGUUCAUAAUAUUGUGUAUUUGUAUAUUUAUUCCUCAUUUCAGCAGUAACACACGAUUUCAGCAAGCAGCUAGGUUAAUUGAAAUGGCAAAUAAUUUGCUGCUAAACCCUCCAUCUACAUCACUGACUCAAGCACCAUCUACAACACUACCACUGACUUCCACCCCUGCAACAACCACCAGAAAUUCAUCAUCAUCUUCCAUAUCCUCCUCUUCAACCCUUUGUUCACCCUCACUUCUCAGCCCCUCUUCCGUGCAUACUGUAUCAGGUCUCCAGCCAGCGUCUGCACAAACUGGAACACCUCUAAAUUUUCGCACUGGGCCAGCCCUUAGUAGACUAUUCCAGCCGUAUGUGAAUAUAAGAUCGUCAAGAGCUCGUCACAGGUUAGGCCCUACUGCAUGGGAGCAUGAUUUUUAUUGCAUGGCUAAUCCUUCAUGCAAUACUAUACCCACACCAGAAGAAAACAACAUUUUAAAAUUAAGUGGGCUUGGAAAGAAGAGAGUUCGAUUCGAGGAUAUGAAUGGAUCCUUUGCUGAUUUUACCCGAAAAAUUGUGGAAAUGUUCCCUGCCAUACAAAUGGCAGGUGCAUUUAAAGUCAUGCGUUCAGCGAGGGGUCGUCAAUUGGUUGACAUACCAAUGCCACCAGAAGGUUACAGUAUCCCGUAUCUAAGAAUGGAGAGUGGCCUCAACAAAGCAGUUGCAUAUAUUGUACCAAUUCAAAACAGCAUUCCUGUUGUACGUCAGGAAGAUAUUGCUGAGAAUGUUGUAAUGGAAAGGUGCAAUACUUGUCUCUGUGAGGUGCCUCUGCAUAGGCUCGAAGAGCAUGUUCAUUUAUGCACCGACAGGUCAUCUGCACAAGGGGAAGCUAAUGAAGGGACAAGAAAAAAUUAUCCAUGUCCAGCUUUUAAAUUUCGUGUGGCUUUGUUGCUUGACCACAAUAUGGUGACAUUAAAUAGCAAAUUUGCCACAAAAAUGAAAAAGAUUGACGUUCCUUGCGACAUGCCUGAGGCAGACCUCAAAGAUCUGCUCUGGAAGACUUUUCCUGAACUGAAUUAUAAAGACUUUAGCAUCUGUAGAGUUGACCGAUUCAGACGUGUGUCGGCUCUUACUUUAAAUACUUUAUCUCCAGUGGCCAUUCGUAAAGAUCUGGACCGGUCAGCUCUUUACCUACGGCCAAAGGAGCCACUGGAAUUGUCUAAGGACAGUGUCUCUUCAGAUACACCUGUAGGUAACAUUGCAUCUGGGGGGUCUAAAGUGGAAAAUGUGCAGUUGGAUUCUGAGGAGGAGGAGGAAGACAUGUUACCUGUUGAUGACAUUUCAUCUGAGGGGUCUGAAGAAGUAGAAAGUGUGCUGGUGAAUUUUGAGGAAAAUGAAGACAUUAUAUUUGUCAUCGAUGAAAGGGAUGAAUUGAUGCAAGACCAUCAUGCUGAUGGUAAUGAUGGUGAUGUAAACGUCGUCAAUGAAAGGGAUGAAUUGACGCAAGACCAUCAUGCUGAUGGUAAUGAUGGUGAUAUAAUGGUCAUCGAUGAAAGGGAUGAAUUGAUGCAAGACCAUCAUGCUGAUGGUAAUGAUGUCAAUGCAGUUUUUACAUUUCCGUUUGUCUGUGUUCAUGUAAAGGUCGUCAAUGAAAGGGAUGAAUUGACGCAAGACCAUCAUGCUGAUGGUAAUGAUGGUGAUAUAAUGGUCAUCGAUGAAAGGGAUGAAUUGAUGCAAGACCAUCAUGCUGAUGGUAAUGAUGGUGAUGUAAACGUCAACAAUGAAAGGGAUGGAUUAUUACAAAGCCAUCAUGUUUGUGCAGAAAUGGAGAGUUUAGAGGAAAGGCGGAGACUCAUUCAAGAGCAAGAUUCAGCUUAUGAAGAAUCGUUAAUCAUGGACCAACAGAGGAUGGAAAAUGAGAGAAGAAGGGAAAGACUAGAGGAGAGACGAUUACUGGCAAGUCAUCAAUGA